CAAACAUCGCGGUUAGACGUAUUUUGUUUUUUUUUGUAUUUUCUGUUAAUUAAGUAGGUAAUUCUGUGUCAAUUAUUUGCCAAAUAGUCGUUGUAAUUGCACUGAUAAAACCUUGAAAAAUGGGUUCUUGUAGUGUUAUAAUUGAAAUCAACACCGAACGUGAUAGCUACGAUUGCAAGCAUUGUGGUGCAUCAGUGCGGGCGAUGAAAUCGCAUCUGUUGGCUCAUGCUUGCUUUUCUGGCUUGAAUACCGAUGAAGAGACGAUUUUUCUCGAUCGUUGCAGUGAAUUGUUUAGAGGACGAAAAGUGGAGGUUCCAGGUAUUGUGGAUUUACUGCAAUAUUUCGCCAACAGCGAGGAAGAGACAAGUAAUCUUACUAUUGAAGAGUUCGAAAUAAGAAUGAGAGAAUUGUUGAUGAGGAUGCCAGAGAGAAAAAGGAAGGAAGUUCAAAAAAAGAUUCUGAGCAUACUGUUCCAGCCGGAUGAACUACCUGCCCUCUAUGAUUUUUUUCAUUUGAACGAUGUAGUUUAAGUAUAUUCCUGUCUUGUAUUAACAGCUUCUUCAAUGCUGUAUUUAUAUAAACUAUGAAUUGAUGAGUCAGAGAAGCCAAUGGUCGUUACAAAUUUUUAAUAAGCAUUUAUUGUAGGCAUUGAUGAUAAGCAAGUCUUUCUGUCUGGUGAUAUAGAUUAAUAUUAAUGAAAUUUAGAAUAGUUAUAAAAAUAUAGGCUGGGAAGUAAUUUAUUGUACAUUAUAAUGAUCAUUAAUUUCGUUUUUCUCUUUUUAUUUAUCGUACAGCAACCUUACAUGUCAUGCUGGUAUCAAAACCGAUGUUGAGGAAUUAAGAAUUAUUAUUUAAGUAUAAGUAUACUUUUGAACAUAAUAACUUAGUUUAAGCGUUUUUAUAAAUUUUUAUGUAAAAAAUUAAAAUGUUUUAUACUCUAAA